UAUUCGGUCCCUCCCCGUUCCCCGGGCCGCAGGCCCCCUCUCCGUCCCCCCCUGGGCCCCCCACCAUGGCCCUCCGCAACGACCUGGGCUCCAACAUCAACGUCCUCAAGACCCUCAACCUGCGGUUCCGCUGCUUCCUGGCCAAGGUGCACGAGUUGGAGCGGCGCAACCGGCUCCUGGAGCAGGAGCUGCAGCAGGCCCUCCGGGGACCCCCGGCCCACCGGCGUCACCAGGCCGUGCAGACCACCCCCGUCGGGGCCCCGGCCCCCGCCUCGGCCUACUCCUCGACGGCCCGCUUCGUGCCCGGCACCAUCUGGUCCUUCUCGCAGGCCCGCCGGCCGGGGCCCACCUUGGAGCCCGCCCUGGUCCAGGGCCCGGGCCUGUCCUGGACGCACCCCGACGGGGUGGGGGUCCAGAUCGACACCAUCACCCCCGAAAUCCGCGCCCUCUACAACGUCCUCGCCAAAGUCAAGCGGGAGCGCGAUGAGUACAAGCGCAGGUGGGAAGAGGAAUACACCGUACGGGUUCAGCUUCAGGAGCGGGUGUCCGAGCUACAGGAGGAAGCCCAGGAGGCCGAAGCUUGCCAGGAGGAGCUGGCUAUGAAGGUGGAACAGCUCAAAGCUGAGCUGGUGGUCUUCAAGGGCCUUAUGAGCAACAACCUGACGGAGCUGGACACCAAGAUCCAGGAGAAAGCCAUGAAGGUGGACAUGGACAUCUGCCGCCGCAUCGACAUCACGGCCAAGCUCUGUGACGUGGCCCAGCAGCGCAACUGCGAGGAUGUGAUCCAGAUGUUCCAGAAGAAGCUGUCUCUGCACUUGUCUCCCAUCAAGGUCCCAGCCAUGGCGGGGAGGAAGAGGGACCGCAAAGCGGCGGGCGAGGAGGAGGCCCCCCAGCCCGAGGGGGACGGGCCCCACCAGCCUGCCGGCGGCGACGAAGACGAGGGCACGGCCCUGAGCAUCAACGAGGAGAUGCAGCGCAUGCUGAACCAGCUGAGAGAGUACGACUUUGAAGACGACUGCGACAGUCUGACCUGGGAGGAGACGGAGGAGACGCUCCUGCUGUGGGAAGAUUUCUCGGGCUACGCCAUGGCGGCCGCGGAAGCUCAGGGCGAGCAGCAGGAAGACAGUCUGGAGAAAGUAAUCAAGGACACGGAGUCCCUGUUCAAAUCCCGGGAGAAGGAGUACCAGGAGACCAUCGACCAGAUUGAGCUGGAGCUGGCCACGGCCAAGAAGGACAUGAACCGGCACCUGCACGAAUACAUGGAGAUGUGCAGCAUGAAGCGCGGGCUGGACGUGCAGAUGGAGACCUGCCGCCGCCUCAUCACCCAGUCUGGAGACCGGAAAUCUCCUGCUUUCCCCGCGGCCCCCUCCACCGACGCGCCACCCAGCCAAGCUGAGGAAGCCGAUUGCCACGGCCCAUCUGACGACUCCACGAGAUAGGGGAUGCCCCUCCCUCAGCCCCCCACCCCCACUGCGCCCACUCCAGGGGCCUCCCCCGGACUGAGGGACGGACGGAGGGAGGGAUGGAUGGGGCCGUGGUGCAUCCGGCUGCUGCCCCUUUCCCCUUCCCAGGCCCAGACUACAGUUGCUGCUGGGUGGGGCCCUGCCUUCCUCCUCCUCCUCCCCGCUGCUGGCUGGAGCCAGACCUCCACCUUUGGCCCCUGUUACUGGUGCUAACUGGACUCACUUGUUUGAACUGGACAGUGCUGGUGGGCACAGGCCUGAGCCUAGGCUCUUGCUGCCUCAGGGGGAGGCUGGGCUGGAGCCGACCCUGCUGCUGGCUUCGCUGCUCUGUCCGUGUUUUUGUGUGUUUGGGUUGUGUAUCUAUGUAUGUAACCCCCAGGAAGGGGCAUACGCCCCUCUCCCUGCCUCGCCCCAAGUGCCAUGCAUUAAAGGGGCCAUUCUGUCCACCUCUGGCCCCACUGU